AUGCUUCGUUUUCUUACAAUCAUUGUCUUUUCCUUAAUUCCAGUGGUGAUUUCGCUUCAAUGCUGGGAAAGGUAUUCUGGUCCUAUGGAUGCUCCAUGGGAUAAAUGCUGUGCCGAUUCUGAGAGUGACUCUUUUUGUGCAGCUAUGAUAUCAGAGGUGUCUGGUGGUGUCGAUUAUGGAUGCUUUAAGGGAUGCAAGGUAUUCGAUAAAGUUUUCGACUUCGAUGGGACGAAAGCGAUUUGCUGCAAGACGGAUAACUGCAAUACAUGGAAACAUCCAUUUGGCCGGAAAGUUGAUCCCAAAAAUCUCGGACCACCACAAAAUUUCACAUUCCCGAAUGAUUGU